AAUCGACAAAAUUUGUGUUUUCUACAAUGUCUGUGUAUCGGGAUGAAAGCAUACUAAAAGGACUUCUUCAAAGAAAAACUAUAGAACAAGGGGCAGAGCUACAUUUGUUCAUAAUUAUUGAAUAAAAUGUGAGGAAGGUCAUUCAAGUGAAUAUUUAAUAUGAUGAUUAGGAAGCUAUAAAAUAUUAAAGGCAUUUCAGAAAGAAAUAACUUAAUUCCUAAGAUAUUGAAUUAGCUAUCAAAGAUCAAAAUAUGUUGAAGGUACUCUGAUAUUAAUCAUAAAGUCUGAAAUCGUAGGAUUUUAAUAUAUGGAUAGUAUUAAUUUGUCUAAAAGAAUGGAUGAAUAUGUACUCAAUGAUUAAGUAUAAAAUCUCAAUAUUCAAAGAGCUUAGAUCUAAGAGAUUUAAUUACACAUUAGAUGAAAACAGUUAAAAUUCCUUUAGGAUUUCCCUCUCUUUCAAUUUUUAAUGUUAUGAGAGAUUAUUAAAUGAUAAAUUCAUAGGAAACUCAAUCUAUUAGUAAAAUAACUUAUUAUUAUUAAGUGCAAUAUAAGGACAUCAUAUAAGCAGAAUCAUUCUAAAAUAUGGAGAACAAGAAGUCUUUCAAUAUUAUUAAGGAUAAUGUUAUUAGUAUAUUGACAGUUCAUUAAUAAUCUAUAAUUAAAAACUUCAAAGAUUUAUUUGAAAAAGAAGUAACAAGUCUAAAGUUUAAUUUCUCUCAAGAAUUUGUUUAAUGUAAUUCUAUAUUUGAUAUUAAGUACUUUCUGAUUUGUAAAGUUAUAAAGAUGUUGCUCAAAUAGUUCCUUUUAUUGUUCAAUAUCUAUAUAGUUAGUAGGAUCAAGUUUAACUUUUUUAUUAUAAACAUAGAUGUGUAAUUAUUGAAUGCUUGAAUCGACUUAUAAUUAAUAAUUAGAUAAAUUUAGAAUAUUAAGUAUAUCAAAUAAUCAUUAAAAUUAGUUGCAUUAAAUACUUAAAAUAUUAGUUAAAUUUUUGACAGCAAAGAUAAUUUAAAUCAAUAUAAAAUCCUAAAUUGAACUUCAAAUUAAGACUGCCAGAUGUCUGAAUUAUUUACUUGAAAAAUUUAAUUUAAAGUAUUAAGCAUUAAGGUAAAAUGUUGAUCGAGUUAUUUUGGACAAAUUCGAGAAAAUUAAAAAUAAAAUUUUGGAGAAAAACUCUCACAAAUCAUUAUUAAAAGUUUAUUCAAUAAUUUAAUAUUUUAUUGAAUAAAAUAUAAAUGUUUAACAUUUGAAAUUUGUAGAGCAAAUGAAUGAAUUGAUUAGAAAUAUUGAGAUAGGAAAAUAAUCAAUAAAAUAACAUUACCUAGAUUAUGACUAUAUAGCUGGAUUGAUAUCUUUUUCUUUAGGAGUAAUUUAUUAUUUGAAUAUGAUAGAGUAUUUUAAUGAAAAUAAUUAAUGGAUUGUAAUAUUUAUAACCAAAUUACGAAAAUCAAAUUUUGCAUAUCAUUAAUAAUACUAGAUAAUUAAUGUUAGAGAUGGGAUUAAAUGAAAUGUUAGUGAUGCAAUAGUAUGUUGCUGAGCAGAUAAUUUUAUGAUUAUUAUUACCUUAAUUUUAUUGAACACCAG